ACUGUGGUGAGGUCCCUCUGGACAGCGAGGCUGUUCCUGGGUGGAUGUGCACAGUGAGAACGAAGUCUCUUAAGGCGUCGGAAGUGGACCCGAGCGCACUGCACCUGGGGAAGAUGCAGGCCUGCGUGGUGCCGGGGCUGGCCCUGUGCCUUCUGCUGGGGUCACUCACAGGGGCCAAGCCAGUGCAGGAGGAAGACCCCUACGCUGAGGCACCAGCUAUGCCCUACUGGCCUUUCUCCACCUCUGACUUCUGGAACUACGUGCAGUACUUCCAGACCCAGGGCGCCUACCCCCAGGUGGAGGACCUGGCCCGCACCUUCUUUGCACACUUUCCUCUGGGGAGCAUCCUGGGCUUCCAUGUCCCCUACCAGGAGGACUGAGUGGCACUGGCUGCACCUCAGGGCAGAUCCGGAGUUGCCAGAGCCACUGGAGGGGGGACUGGCCUCUGCCCCACAGGCUCCAGCAGACCUUGUGGGUUUCUUUCAAAAAUAACUGUGCCCAGCCCCUCUGCUACUUCACAGGUGAACCUGGCUUUAUUCUUCAUUAAAUGUGUGCAG